AUGUCAAACCCCGACUGGGCGCUAGCUGGCCUGGCAUGGCAUGUUCAUGCGGGGGAGGGCGACGCACGGUAUGACGUCAAGAACACCCCCUCGUGUCAAGGCAUCCUCCCUGCAUCAGCCUACGUCAACGCCCCCAUAUGGGACUCAGACGCUGGUGUCUCAGAGCUGAAGCUUUUGAGCGAGUUGCAGCACAAGGUGGAGAAUAACGAGUCCAUCCCUCAAGACCUUGAAGAAUUCAUGCUGAAGGAGCGCUGGCUGAUUUGGAUGCCGCGCUUUGGGCUGGGGAACUCCCUGAGGGCAUACACUUCUGCGUUCAUCUUUGCCCUUCUGUCGGGUCGGAGGCUGCUGCGGUGGAAAGGGGGCAACCACAAGCAGGUCUUAGAGCGUUUGUGUAAUGCAUUCUACUGUGGCAUAGACGAGUUGCACUAUAAAGGGGACAUCCGCAAGCAUGCAAAGCUCAUGAAUGCGAUCACACUUGAGAUGCAUGGCUUGGACUACAGCCCAAAUGUCGUGGCUGUUUACACAGGUAACUUCUUCGAGAAAACGUGGCGCACAGACCCUCAGAUGAACCAGUGCGUGCAUGACACCUUCUCCUGCCGCUCCAUCUGGUGCAUCCGCUCCAAAGUGCUCUCUCUGCUCCUCGGCAAGGGCCCCAAGCCAGGGGUGCAAGAGGUGGUGGAUAGAGAUCUCAGGGUGGUGCCGCCGCUAGUUCUCACAGGGAAAGGUGGGGGGGCGGAGGAGGGGGAGGGGGGAGGAGAGAAGGUGGAACCGCAGAUGGUUAUGAAAGGAGAGGGUCUGCGGGUGCAGUUUGACGUAUCGAUUCACAUCCGUGGAUUGUCAAUGGAAGUGGAGGGUGACUACUGCAUGAACAAGGACGACAAAAAGUGCCAGAAGAGGGCGCAGCAGGAGGAGAUCAUGCGUGUGCACGAGCUCAUGAAGCCCAGCCAGUGGCGCUGCAUUGCCAGGCUGAUGCAGUUCCUUCGCAUCAAGAAGGCCGCUGCGGGUGGUUUCAGUAAUGCUACAGCCGCUGCUGGUCGAACUUCCAAAGCUACAGCGGCUGCUAUUCGGCCUGAGAGCACUACCGCUGCUGCUGGUCGGUCUGCCGAUGCUACAGCCGGUACUGGCCGGUCUGCCAAUGCUGCAGGCGCUGUUGUUGGAGCAUCUGCCAGCACAGCCUCUCACGCUGCCGCCAACACUGCCACCAAGACAACAAAAGCCUCAGCAUCCCUCCUUGCUCCCUCCACUGCUGCUCCCCCAUUUCCCCUGGCUCUCCCCUCCGCCCCAUCCCUGACUUGA